GGUAACAUGACCGCUACACUGUAUCGGUAUGUGGUUAGCUUUAUAUAUUGAAACAUUACUAGUGCAGAAAAGGAAGCCUAUUUCAUGGAUAACGUAGGACCAAAACCUGAACUGGGAUAAGCCGUCGAAUUUUGCUAUUAGUCUCUCAACUUUUAGCUAUAACAAUAUGGCAACGAAUUAUGUUAGAAUUAAUCCCCCGGUUGUUGAGUUUACCGACGUAAAAGCAGGGAAGGUUUACAAGACCACUGUCACGGUGACCAACACUGGAAUUACCUCGAAAAGAAUGAGACUGCUUGAACCCACAUCAAAGCUGUUCAAAUUCAGGGUGACAAACACAGAAACCCCCAUUGCUGCUGGAUUGUCCCUGAGUGGCACUCUAGAGUUCAGGCCUGAGAAAGAUGAGGAUGUCUGUGACCGUCUGCUCCUUGUCCUGGAAGACAAAGCCAUGGAGAUCCCCCUCUUAGCGUUCUCCCCAGCGUGUUCUCUCACCAUGGAAUCUCUCGCUGAUUUCGGCUCUGUGAUGGCAAACAGUCAGGUGGUCAGCAAAGUGGUGGAAUUGACCAAUCAGGGAUCUGCUCCAGGAGCUUUUCAGGUGCUGUAUGAUGGAGACCAGUCCAUCAGGCUCUCUCCCAGCAGUGGCGUCCUGCAGCCUGGCACAACCCAGUGGCUGAAGGUGGAACUCUGCACUGACAGACCCACGAGGGUCAGAGAGGAGGCCCAGGUGAAGCUGCAGAACAGUAAGGACGUGGUCCUGAAGAUCAGGGCUGAUGUUUUGGAGCAGAGCCUGGAGCUCCAGGACCUAGAGGGGGAGAGGUUGUCCUGCCUCCGUUUCGGACCCGUCUUCUUUGGGACGUCCCGGGUGGAAAAGGUGGUUCUGGUGAACAAUGGACCACAGGCCUGCGACUGGAUGGUGGUGCUACAGGAUGAUGCUUCAGGGACAGAAGUGGGCUUUGACCUCCAGAGGAGUACAGACGCAGCGCUGCUAGACAGGAGUAUUCGUAACAGGGCCACCCCCCCUGUGGAUCCCUCCACUGUGAUCGCCUGUGUGCCCAACGAGGGACGACUGAGACCCUACGACAAAACCACUCUGUGGGUCUGCUUCCGUCCUAUCAGCAGAAGAAGGAGCAGGGAGGAGCAGAAGACCAGUGGGGCCUCAGCAGCAGCCAGUAAACAAGACUACUCACUCUUCCUCAAGUUUCAGACUUUGGGAAGUAAAGAUGGCUUCAACCACCAGCAGCACUUCACUGUACUUCCCCACAAUGGUUACUGUGUGGAGCUGGCGGUGACUGGCUCAGCCCUCCCUGUCUCCCUGGUGCCCAGCCCCGGCCACAGCUUCAACUUCCAGCAGUGCCUGAUGGGAGAGCGUGUGGACGUCCUGUGUGUGCUCCACAACCUCUCCCCUCUACUCCCUGUCACCUUCAACUUCCGAAAGAUGGCCAACUUCAUCAGUGACCCUCCUAGUGGGACCAUCUCCCCAGGGCAGAGCCAGGAUGUGGUGCUGUCCUUCACCCCCCACCAGAUGGGGACGUUCAAGGUGAAACAGGUGCUGGAGGUGCUGGGUCAGGUGGUACACCUGGGGCCCUCCUCCAUCAAGCUCCACCUCCGCAGCUUCCACACCGUCACCCUGCACCUGUCAGCCGUUUGCCGGGCGCAGACCGCAUGUGCAACACCCAAACUCAACCCUGGAAUCACCCCGGCUGUGACCAAUGAGACAGGCCAGUAUGCCCGGGUGCCCUCCAGUGAGCUGGGCAGGUGUGUGGGAUUGGUGCGGGCAGCUGUCCUCAGCACGGCCAAGACCCGGCUCCACAGCCACGGUCAGAGCCAGAGCCACCGUAGGAACCAGAGUCUAGACGGUAGCCAGCGAGAGCUACUGGCCUUCCCCAACGACAGGGCCUGCAGCAUCCGCCCUGCCUCUCCAGACACCACCUACAGGACCAUCUUCACGGGGGUGGAGCGUUACCGCUACGUGGACCCUGACUUUUCCUUCACGGAGGAGGAGAAGCAGCAGAGACAGAGACACAGAGAUCACUACCUAGCCUUCAUCAGGGGCCUGCGAAAGACACGCUUGCAGAAAACCACUGCGAGGCUGCAUGGCGAGGUGGAGGACGACAUAGACAUUGGGCUCCGGCCUGCCGCAGGACUCCUCACCCCCCAGCUCUCUCUGAGGGACCUGGAGUCCAAUCACAGCCAGGAGGGGCGGAGCAUCGACCAGGGACAUAGCCAGCUAUUGACCACCUGUAUGCUGGCUGCCAUGGAGACCAGGUCCAGAUUCAGACAGGUGACAGAGGGCAUCAAUGCACUACCCUCCACCAACCAGGAAGUGGCAGACUGCAGCCGCACCCUAACAGUUCAGCAGCUCCACCAAGUAGUCAUAGGCCCGUCCUCAAUAGAUUUUGGUGAGGUGUGUGUGGCCUCAGUGUGUGUGAGGAACCUGGACCUGGUGAACAACCUGCAGGUGUAUGUGUGGGUGCAGCUGGAGUUAGACUGCUGUCCUGAGCUACAGCGCUCCAGCCCCCUGUCCCACGUCCUGCCCCCCCUCUCCAGAGCCACCCUGCCCCUCGUCUUAGAGAGCACCAAGCUGGGAAAGUUCCACAAGUCAAUCUCUUACACGGUGAAUAGUCAUCACCGGAGCCAUGUCCUGGUUCAGUCCCAGCUGGUCCCUGUGGUCCUCCAGCUGUCCCAGAGCCAGGUGGUCCUGUCCCCAUCCCCCAGCUACCUGGCCCAGUCGGGCUACAAGGGUACUGUGACCCUGGUCAACCCCAGGAACCACCCGGCUGACUUCACCUGGAGGCCCGUCAUCACAGAGACGGGCAUGGCCUUCUCCAUACGCCCAGCCACAGGUACUGUGGAGGCGUACAGGGAGUUAGACUGUGAGGUGAUGUGGCAUCCCUCUUUCUGCUCUCCUCUGGAGGGACAGUUUGACCUGUGUGUUCACCAGGGAAACACCGCACAGCUACGAUGUGUGGCCAAGCUUGGUUCAUCCAGUGUGCAGCUGGCUGAGAAACGUCUGGUGUUUGGAUCAGUACCUCUCAUCUUCCCCUCCGUCAGGACCGCAAUGCUACACAACACAGGAAACAACCAUGCCUACUUCCAGGUGUUGGACGUGUACCCCCUGCCUGGCAUGGUGGUGACCCCCACCGAGGGUGUGGUUCCUGUGGGGGGGCAGGCAGAGGUCCUGGUGCACCUCAACCCCGGAGCUGUCAUGAAGUUUGACACCAGAGUGGAGAUAGUUCUAAGAAACAUGAAAUCUCUGGAGCUGAGAGUGGGCGGGUCGGUCGAGCCCCCACUGGUGGACAUAAACGUGAAAUCCUUCCUGUUCCACGGGGUGUAUACUGGUUCCAGUCGUAGCGUUCCGUUCUCCCUGAGGAACCGUUCCUCUGCCGUGGCCCGGGUCCAGUUUGACCUGUCAGAACAUACUGACUUCACCAUCCACUUCCCUCCACACUCUGCAGGUACGAGCCAGGAGCCAGACGUGUUUGUGAUGGAUUUACAGGGGCAGCAGACUGCCCAGUGUUGCCUGGUGUUCUCCCCUAAACAAGUGGCUGCGUAUGACUUCAACCUGCCUGUGACUGUCAACGGUGUGGGCAUGCCUCCCUCCUCCUCUUCCUCCUCCCACGCCCCUCCCAGCUCCGUCCUCAAGUCCUCCUCUUCCAGGGACCAACACAUCGUCACCCCGCGCCCGCUGCCCAUCGCCAUGGAGACGCUAUCACGCAGGGUGCAGGCCACAGCCCUGCGAACCCUGCUGGAGAUGUCCCCAUCAAGUCUCCAGUUUGAUCUGGAGCCCUUUAUCUCAGUUACUACUACCUCACGAACUCAGACCGUAGAGCUGAGGAACGUGUCUGACAAGAGGCUGAGCUGGAGGCUUGACUGCAGCGCUGCAGUAACACCAGGAGGGGACAGUAGCACCAGCAGCAAUGAGGGGCUGUUCGCUAUCUGUCCUACUGCUGGGACCCUGGAGCCACUGCAGUGUGUGUCUGUCACUGUCUCCCUCUCUCCUGCGAGAGUCACACCAGUGACAGCAGGUCAGAUCGAGGUGUCCCUCCCUCUGUUUCUGUCUGAGGAGGGGCAGGAGGAGAGAGAGGGGGAGAAGGGGGAGGAGGGGGGAGUCCCUCACCCCUACAGGGUGCUGUCUCUCAGUGCCACCCCUCACCACCCCAGCAUCACCUUCCUCCCCCCUCGAGUCCUCCUCACCCCUGUCCCUCUGGACACACCCUCCACCACCACCCUCUUCCUGCUCCCCACCGGGUACCCCAGUGGUUCCUGUCUGCGAGUGGAGGUGGAGGAGAUGGUUCUGAAGGAUGGCAGUCGGCUGAAGCCCCUCUCAGUCAGCCUGCCCCACAACGGCACCGUCCCUCCUCAGCCCCAGCCCCAGCCCCAGCCCCAGACCCACACAGAGCCCCAGACCCACACAGAUCCCCAGACCCACACAGAGCCCCAGACCCCCAUCACCUGCACAGUGACCUUCUGCUCCCCUCAGCCCCUGGACCUCAACUCACACAUCACAUUCUUGGACCACCUCAACAACAGGUUCAGGGUGGAGGUCUGUGCUACAGCAGAUAAUAGUUUGUUGACAGUGUGGCCCUACCUGGCUUUGCACCGCUCUGAGCAGCAGAUAGUCCUCAAGAGUGGUUGUCUGAGCGGCUGCAGUGGCGAAUCAGGGCCCUCUCAGGUGACAGGGAAGGCGGUGCUUCAGCCAUGCUACUCCCCCAGCCCUCUCUCUCGCUACACUUCCUCCUCCUCCACCUUCGCUUUCCUCUCCUCCACCAGUAAUCACUCCAUCUCUGACUCUGGAGACAGCAGGAGUAAGACUGGGAGUGCUGGACCAGGACCAGGGCCUAGAGGGAAGGAGGACUGGCCCCAGAAGGAGACAGAGGGUGAGAGAGAGACAGAUGGUGUGACUGACCAGCAGCAGUGGCAGCAGCAGGGUAUACCAGUGUUUCCAGGGCAGGACUCAGAGGAGGGGUUGUACUACCACAGCAUCCUGCAGGCCGUACAGAAGUGGUUCAGUCAGUUUGGCUGGCCCCGUGGACCAAACCCCAUCUCUCUACCACACUCUCUCAGAAGGGUGGUAUGUAGGGUCCAAACAGUAGACUCCAGCUCUAGUGAGUGGAGGAACUCGUACCUUAUGAGCCAUGGUAAAGACACACGGACCAUCUACGACAUGCUGCGUCACCUGAGCGGACAGACACUUCCUGGUGUGAGCACCAACCAAUCGCUGCCCUGCAACCUCACUGAGCGCGUGCAGCAGCUGCUCCACUGGAACACAGUGCUGCUGGCCUUCCUCAGGAGGCAGGGAGCCUGUCUGUCCCACAUCAGACCUGAGUACCUGUUAGACUCCCAGGAGUUCAGCCACUGGAGCUCUCUACAGGCCCAGUCCCAGUGUGAUCAGAGGGGGCUGGACUACAGCAGCAAGGUCUUUGAAUCCCUCAGUAAAAGGGCCUGGAUGGAUGUUCUACUGCAGACCUACAAGGUGCUAGUCUUGCCGCGGGUGACAGAGGGUCCCUUGUCCCUGGGCCUCCAGAGCUGUGACAGUGGCAGCAUGGAGCAGCAGGUCCCCAGGAUCAACCCAAAGCCCCUGGCCUCUAACGUCUACUCCACCUGGGAGAGGAGGCUACUCACCUGGCUCAACCUGCACUACCACAGCAUGAGGACUACCGUCUGGAGCCCACUCACCUCUAGAGGAGACGUCCCAUCAGCCCGCUGGGUGGUGAACUUUGACCUGGACCUGGCAGACGGCCUGGUUCUGGCUGCUGUGCUGGCUGCCUACUGCCCCUUCCUGAUCCCCAGUCAUCUCCAGAGGAUGUACACCAGCAUCAGCCGGGUGGAGCAGAACCUCCACAACAGUAUCAUCCUCAGCCAGGCCUUCACACUGCUCUGCCUGGACAUAGACAUCCAGCCCACAGAUUUGUCAGACUCUAACCCUGUUCUGAUGUUGAUGCUGUGUGUUUACCUGUAUGAGACGCUGCCCCAGUACCUUCCCAAGAGAACCAUCACUCUGUCUGGCAGCCUGCACCACACCUUCACCAAGCAGGUGCGUCUGAAGAGCCCGUCCUCCAGACUGAUGUUCUACCAUGCCUCCAUUGUAGGGAACGAGGCCCAUCAUUUCUCUUUGCCCCAAGGAGCUUCCAUCACCAUCCCUCCUAAGGGGCGUGGUGUGGAGGUGACCGUGCAGUACUCCUGUUCCUUCCUGAGGCCCAUGGAGGCGGUGCUACUGCUGACAUCACGCUCUGCCUCCUCAGCCAGCCCCUCUGGAGCCACCCUGGCCUUCAGCCUCAAGACCCAGGUCACACACAUCACCCCCAGCGGGAUAGUGAAGUGUAGAUCUCCAUGUUACCAGCUGAAGGAGCUCCAACUUCAAGUAAAAAACCCUUUCAGCAAGGAUGCCAAGUUCAGGGUGGUGUUGGUGGAGUCUAAAGCCAACCUGUUGCAGGUGGAGAAGAGUCAGGACAGUCAGGAGAGGCUCAUUCAACAGUUCUCCUUUAGGACCAACCCCAGCUCAGACAACAACACCAGUCUUUCUACAGAUAGGUUGAAUGGUGGAACUGACUGUGGUGAGUGGGAGGACAGUGACCUUCACUGUGAUCCUGCUGAUGAGUGUGGUGUGACUGAGUUCUUCAGUCCUGUCAGGAGUGUGAGUCUGGCGGCUGGACAGACACAAACCAUAGAGCUCCACUUCCUGCCCUUCCACCUGGGGAAAAGACACUGCUCCGUCCUGCUAGUCAGCCAGCAGGUUGGUGAGCAGGUGUAUCUAGUGGAGGGGACAGCAGAUCUUCCCCUGCCCUCCCCUCUGACCACAAAGCCCAGUCCUAAUGUAGUCCAUGUUAGCAGCGCCACCUCUGAUGGUGCUGAUCCCAGGCCUGCGGUGAACCUGCGUUGCGGCGUGGGCAGCACCCUGGAUGAGGUGGUGUGUGUCCCCCUGGUUAACGGGCUGUGGGAGCGGGCGCUGGCCACCGUGGGGCAGCAGAGGAUGAGCCCUGUGGAGAAGAAGAGGCGCAGCCUCACACACACUCUGAACAGCAGCACCGUCCGGGCCGGGGUGGCGGCCGCUGCCCUCACCUCCUCACAGUCCCUCCUGGUCCAUGGUCCAGUCCAGUCCCAGGUGGUAGAGUACAGUGUGGAGGUUUCUCUACCGGAACACUUCCUCCUGCCUCAUACCAUCACUCUGCCUGUGGCCAGGGACGCACAGGUCACACAGGACAACCUCACAGACUCUGAGGUGGUGAUGGUGCCACUGAGGUUCCAUGCCCACGUGGCCGGUCGGUUCCGGUGCCAGCUGGUUCUGCAGUCGUGGCGUGACAUCAGAGUUCACCUGCUGGAAGCCGUGGUUACCGCAGAGGGAGACCACGCCCAGCUAGAGUUCACCACGCCCGCUCACCUCUCUGUCACUCAGGACAUCCCUCUGAUCAAUGAGAGCAGACAGGACUGGCGUCUGCGAGGCUUGGUUAGUGGCUGUGGCUUCUACGGCCCUCCUGUGGUAUACAUACGGGCCGGGGAGAAGGUCUGUUACCCCCUUACCUUUAGACCCACCACACAGAGCAUCAUCACGGGCAGGCUGUCCUUGCUGAAUGACACAGAUGGGACAGAGCACAGCUUCACCCUGAGAGGGGUGGGGGAGCGCUCCCUACCCCUGGACCACGUGGUGCUACACUGCUCUGUCAGACAGGUCACACACAGCACCCUGCAGGUCCCCAACUACAGCCAGCACCCCCUCACCUGUCAGGUGGUAUCAGACCUCUCCAUCAUCAGUGGACCGCCCACCUUGGACAUCAAACCAGGUCACACCGUCCCCUACACCGUGUCUGUGUCACCAUGGAAACGAGGGAAACAUACAGGGUCCGUGUCGUUCCUAGCCGUGGAGAGUGAGACAGGAACAGGGAAUCAGUCCAGGCAAUAUGAGGUGUGGUUCUCUAUAGAGGUCAUAUGUGAACCUGCUCCUCCCCUGAAGGUGCUGGCUGUGCACUGUGCUGUUCAGAGCUCUGUUGCCGUGGAGAUCCCCCUUAGUAACCCGGAGGCGGAGCCGCUUGAGCUGUGGGUGUGUCUGGAGGGAGAGGACCUGAGUGGAGACACCCGGGUGUGUGUCCCUCCCCAGAGCCGUCUCAACUACACAGUCACCUUCUCUCCUGUUAUAACAGGGAAGAGAACAGACAGUGUGGUCUUCCAGUCGGAGCUGGUGGGAGAGUUCUGGUACCAGCUGGACCUGCUGGCCCAACCUCCUGUCCUCACCACCUUACCACAGAGCAGCUGUGAACUGGGGAAGUGGACCAGGCUGUACAUCCCACUGGUCAACCCCACAGACGAGACACUGGAGCUGGGCACGGUCAACAGCAACCCUCGCAACUUCACCCUGGAGCUGGACACCAGCAGACCACUCAUCAUAGCACCACACUCAUCCACCCAGGUUCCUGUUCGUUUCAGACCAUCAACCAUCGGAGCUGGAAACCACACAGCCAAGAUCUCCUUCACCUGUUCUCAGUUGAAGCACUGGAGCUUCCAGCUGUGUGGUGAAGGCCUGACCCCUGGCAGGAUGGAGCCUCUGUCUGUAGCCUCCCCUGUGGGAUCUCACUCCUCCAUCAUCCUCCCCUUUAGGAACCCUACUGAACACCCAGCCCUGCUGCACCUCACACUCACAGACGAGGAGCCCGGUCAGAAGAGAUCAAGCCAGUCCUUCAUAUGUGAAAGGAAAGUGUUCUGCAUCCCCCUCAAACAGACACAAGGUGUGCGUGUGUCUGCGGGGGCCAGUGUGGACAUUCCUGUGGUGUUUGCCCCUGACUCCAUGCAACUGCACCAGGCCUGGCUCCUGGUUCAGCUAGAGCCCCUCUUCAACCUCCCCCGCCUGGACACAGCACUCACCACGGCCCAGAGGGACAAGUGUGUGGAGGUAGAGAAGGGCCGGGGGGGUUUGGUCUGCUGGGUCUACCCCAUCCAUGGCAUCCCCGAGGCCCCUCCUAAACCCUCUCAUCCAGCGGUGAUAGAAUGUGAGGCUCGCGGUCGAGUGGAGGAGAGAGUGGAGGUGUUGUUGACGGGAUGUGUUCCUGGCUCCUCAGUCAGCAACACAGACAUACCUCUCAGCAGUGCCCCCUCCUCGGGAACCUCAGCAGGCGUCAGGCUGGCUCUAGAAGACUUUCUAUGUGAGGUGUGUUAUAACAGUGAUGCUGAGCGGUCCCAGCUGGAGGGCUGUGUAACCCUGUCUCUACUGACCUGUCACAGAGACCCCCACUCUGGCAUCGUCUCUCUCACCGUCAACCUCAUCUUCACCCCUUACAAACCUCUCAGGUGUUCAGCUGUGCUGGCUGUUCAGUGUUUGACAGGUGGGCUCUGGAAGUUUCCCAUCAGCCUCAUCUCCACCAAGCCGCAGGUUGAUGAUGUCAUCACCAUUAACGCUGCAGGGCUACACAAGACCUCUGCUGUGGGCUUCAGACUGACCAGCCAGACCAGGUACCCAGAGCCGUUCACAGCAGGGUUCCUGCCAGGUGGGGGCAGUGAGUUCCAGGUGUGUCCCUCCUCAGGUGAGCUCCUCCCAGUGGGGUCAGCUGGUACCAUCCUCACCGUGUCCUUCACCCCCUCCAUGUACAGCAAGAGACACCACGCUACUCUGCUGGUCCAGACAGCAGACAUGCAGUGGACGUAUGAGGUGAAAGGAACCACGCCUGCUUACACCCCACCCCACUCUGCCUCCUCCAAUGGGAACACCUCUUCCAGGGAACUCCCUCCCACUGAUGUCCACCAGAGGAACUUUGUGUCCCGGAACCUUCAUCUCCCAGCCAUGGCUAACUCCUCCCCCAUCAAACACAGAGCCUCCGCCUCGCAGAUCAGAUAGAGAGAUCAUUCUCACAGUACACACACACACACACACACACACACACACACACACACACACACACACACACACACACACACACACACACACACACACACACACACACACACACGCACACACACACACAUCCACCACAACCACACCCCAUUCCUGUGUCAUUGAAAUGAUCAUACAUGAAGAUUGAAUAAUUCAUUAUAAGUGCCUGUACUUCACCUCAUUGUCAUCAUUAGAUUUAUGUUGACCUCUGACCUCUGCAGGUAGCCUAGUGGUUAGAGCGUUGGGCUAGUAACCGAAAGGUUGCAAGUUCGAAUCCCCAAGCUGACAAGAUACAAAUCUGUGGU